CCAACGGUCAUCAUCUUGACAAAUUCUAGAAGCAAAGUGAACUUCUCAAAAAGGGCAAAAAAAAGAGAGAAAGUUUGAAAAAACUUCCCUCAAAAAAAAAAAAAAAAAAACUUAACGUAAUCCUUUUUGUUUUAAUUGAGAAAUUUUGGGACUUUUUCCUGUUCAUUCUUAAAUCUGACUUCUACCCUUUUCUUCUCUCUAAAGCAAUUUGAAACCCUUUUCUAGGUUUUGCCUCAAUCCAAUUUUCUGCGUUUAAUUUCUGGAAAUUUUCUUCUGGGUUUUUUCUGUUAAUAACAAUGGCGGAUGUUCUUACCAAAUCCAGUGUUUUUUCUCCAACAAUUUCUCAUCAUCAUAGUGGAAGUAAAAAUUUUCCAAUUAAAUGUUCAGUUUCAGUAAGUAAUCGAGGGAGAUUAGUUGGCAUUUCUUCGUUGAGGAGUAGUUUUGGUGGUGUAAGAAUUGCGAUCGAUAACAAUACCAGUUUUGGGUCAAAAAGGAGGAAUUACCAAUCAAUUGAUGCUAAGAUGGGUCUGAGCAUUGGCAAAGCACAGAAAUGGUGGGAGAAAGGACUCCAGCCAAAUAUGAGAGAGAUAACUUCUGCGGAAGACCUAGUCGAUUCUUUACUAACAGCAGGAGAUACAUUAGUUGUCGUUGAUUUUUUCUCUCCUGGAUGUGGAGGCUGCAGAGCUCUUCAUCCUAAGUUGUGUCAAUUGGCAGAGAUGAACCCUGAUGUCCAGUUUCUUCAGAUUAACUAUGAAGAACAUAAAUCAAUGUGUUACAGCCUUAAUGUUCAUGUUCUUCCCUUCUUUCGGUUUUACAGAGGGGCUGAAGGCCGGGUUUCCAGCUUCAGCUGUACAAAUGCAACGAUUAAGAAAUUCAAGGAUGCUUUGGCGAAGCAUAACCCAGCAAGGUGUAGCCUUGGGCCAACAAAGGGCCUAGAAGAGAAGGAGCUUCUUGCUCUUGCUGCCAACAAAGACCUUUCAUUUACCUAUACACCAAAGCCUGUGGAAGCGGAACCCGUACCCGCACCUGCACUUGAAGAAGUCUCUGUUAAGGCUGACGAACAAGUCUUAGCACAAGAAGCUCUCCCUUCUUCCAACAGGAAGCCUCUUAGCUCACAACCAUCAACCGUGAGUGAAGAGAAAACUCUAGCUACUGCUGCGAGAUGAGUUUGAACGUCUUUACAGCGACUUACAAUUUGUACAGUAUUACAAUAUGGGGAUGCCUUUUAUGAUCCCUUUGUAAAAAAGGAAAUAUCAACCAUGGCAGCUCUGGGUCCGUUUUUUCAGUCCAAGCUCUAUCUGUGGAAUUGUGCCGAAAUUCGGUAUGCUUGAUGCAGCCUCUAAGAGUGUUUUAGGUUUCUGUGAAAUUAGAGGAUGUUAAAUAGAAGCAACGGGUUUGUGUGCUUAUGUAGUUAAAUGCACUUGGAUGUUUGAUGUUUAUUUACUGUAGUUACUCUUGGAUUGUAAUAUUUAUCUAAUCUAAGUGUGGUUUUACAAGUA